AUUACUCGAGCCAAGUGUAAAAAAUGUAUGUUCGUCGCAUAUCCAUGUAUCGAUGCGCCAUUGGUAUCAUAAUUACACAGAUUUGUUGUGUGAUUUAUUUGCAAGCUUUAUGAAUUUAGUAUUUGCAACACACUGCUCUGGGAAACCUACCACGUCGAAAAUGCAUCGUUUCUUUUGAAAAUCCGGCCAUUGAUGUUGUUUACACUUGGGUAAAUGGAUCAGAGGAACGUUUCCUUGAUCAACUUCAUAGUUACAGCAAAAAUCAUAAACAAAAAGACGACAUUAACGGCGAUCGACGCUACGCUGCCAAUGACGAAUUGCUAUAUUCCCUGCGCAGUAUUGAAAAGAAUAUGCCGUGGAUACGCCAUGUGUAUAUUGUUACAAAUGGACAGGUGCCUAGCUGGUUGAAUCUAGAAGCUGGUCAUGUCACCAUCAUCACCCAUGAGCAGAUAUUUGCUAAUCGGUCACAUCUACCAACUUUUAGUAGCCCCGCCAUUGAGACAAACUUACAUAGAAUUCCGGGGAUUUCAAAACGCUUUCUCUAUAUGAAUGACGAUUUGCUCAUUGGGGCCCCUGUAGAAUUCUCCACAUUUUAUACUCCUACAGAUGGACAACUCUUUUAUUGGCAUUCCAAAAUGCCUAAUUGUGCACUUCUGUGCCCAUGGAGUAAAGUCGGUAAUGGUAGAUGUGAUCACGCUUGUUAUACACCUGAGUGUCAAAUGGACGGGGGCGAUUGUCCGGUACCCCCGCACCUGCUCCAAUACUCAGUACGAGUUUUUCAGUUCCUGCCCACAGAUGCGUAUGGUCUCUCCAUACAAACUACCCAACAACUUCUCAAUAGAAAAUUUGGGUACCACGAGCGGUAUGUAACUCCACACAUGCCUUUCCUACUUGACGUUGAUGUGAUGCAGGACGCAUGGAACGAUUUUCCAAUUGAAUUGUCCAAUACAUCUUCACAUAGAUUUAGAGACGCAAGUGACAUUCAGUUUCAGAUAUUCUAUGCUUUCUACACCUACGAAAAGCAGACGAUCUUGAGCCUCAAAGAAAUAUUGCAUGAGCAUGAUGUCAAUCAAAACAGUAUGUUAGACAACGAAGAGGUGAACUGGAUGAUUGUUAAGCACUAUAAGAAUAAAUCACGCCCAAAUCAAAACGAUACACACGAAUUUAGAAACGUUUUAAGGGCUUGUAUACUAGACGACACUAAUCAAAAAGCAUACAAUACAACACAGCUUGAAAAGUGUGAAUUAUUUGAGGAAUUUCUCAAAACUUCGCUAAGAUCGCGCCGGAAAUUUAAAAGUAUGUUCAUGACAAGAGUACCUCCAAAUGGAUUUUACAUGUUUGCUGCUUUAAAAUCACAAUUGGAUGAAAUAAUUUCAAUUUUAAAUGAUUUAAAACGAGAACCCAGAAAGUUUAUUUGCCUCAAUGAUGAUUUAACUCAUACACCGCGCAGGAAAGAAGUUAAUCAACAAAUAUACAAACAACUAGGUUUGUUUUACCGCGGGAUGUUUCCUAAACCGAGCAAAUAUGAACUUCCUAAUGGUGAAGUGAAUCCACCUGGGAAAUAUAUAGAUGAAUUAUUAAGUUAUAAUUCGAAAGGAAAGCAAAAAAGUGAAGAGGAGUUAGUAAUAAAAAAAUAUUAUUGGUGGGUACAAUGCACAACACUUAUCGCUUUGAUUGCCAGCGUCACGUUAAUCUGCAUAGUUCGACAUGGGUAUAAGUGUCGAGAGAGCGAAAUGUAUUACAAUAAAUAAUGUAUACCACAA